AUGCAAACCUUGUUGCAUCUUGGCCUCGCUCUUGCACUGCUUGCAGCACAAUACGCCCAUGGAACUGCGGUUCCGGGUUCAGAGUGCCGAAGGCGGUGCGGCGAUGUUGACAUACCGUACCCAUUCGGUAUUGAUCCGGGCUGCUCGUUCGGCGAAGACUUUGACAUAAACUGCAAGGUCCAAGAUGGCAUCAGGAAGCCAUUUAAGUACAGUUUAGAGGUUCUCAGCAUCUCCUUGACUAAAAGCACGGCCAGGGUGUUGAAUAACAUCAUGGGGUACUGCUACAACAACUCCACCGCGAACAUGGAGGAAUUCGGCAAUUCCAUGGAUACCAACAAAAUCAGUCGUUCUCCUUCGUUUCCCUAUCGGCUCUCUGACGUAGACAACAAGUUCACGGUCAUCGGAUGCAAUGCCCUUGCCUCCAUGAGCGACGCCGAGGACACAGGCAUAGGCACAGGCACAGGCUACCAAGCCCUCGGCAUCGCAACAUGUCACGGUCUGCCAGACUUAGUGGACGGAUCCUGCUCCGGUAUCGGGUGCUCCCAGACUACGAUACCGAAGAAGAUUCCCUACUACCAUACAAGUUUCCUCAAGUCGGUCAACACAAGUCAGAUCUGGGAGUUCAACCGGUGUAGCUAUGCUGUGUUGAUGGAGACAGCUGAAUUCAACUUUAGAGCUUCGUACAUAAGAAAUACUGAGUUCAAUGACACAUAUCAGGGGCGGGUGCCUCUAGUGGUUGAUUGGGCUAUAAGAGAUGUGAGUUCAUGUGAUGACGCCCGACGAAAUAGCACAGGUACUUACGCAUGUGUAAGCAGCAACAGCAAGUGUGUGAAUUCCAACAAUGAUCGCGGGUACACAUGCAAUUGUGUCCACGGGUAUGAAGGCAACCCUUAUCUUCCACACGGAUGCAAAGAUGUCAACGAAUGCGACCACAAUCCAUGUCCUCCGAACGGCAUUUGCCACAAUAUCGUUGGAGGGCACCGGUGUUCUUGCCGAGGUGGGAAAAAAUUUGACGACAAAAGCAAUACGUGCAACCCAGACACCGGCUUUAUAAUAGGAGUUACAAUGGGAUUAUUUGGCUUAGUGGUUAUCAUCAUGGCAACUAUUUUCUCAAGACAAACGAUAAGUCAAAAAAGGAGACUAAGUAAAGUAAAGCAGGAGUAUUUUCACCAGCAUGGAGGCUUGAUUUUGUUGGAUAGGAUGAGAUCGGAGAAAGGUCUUGCUUUCACGGUAUUUUCAGAAGCUGAACUUGUGCAUGCUACUAACAACUUUGACAAUAGUAGAAUACUUGGAAGAGGGGGCCAUGGAACGGUUUAUAAAGGGAUAGUGAAGGACAACAUGCAGGUAAAAGAAUUGCACUAG